AUGAUGAGCAGUAAUUCUACCCCCACGCACUCUCCUCGCGGGUCCCCUUCUCACUCUCCUGUGAGAAGCCCUUAUCGCAGCAAGAGUCAUGAUGGUAGCAUCGGUUCUAGCAGCGGUAGUAAUAGACCCUCCUUGUUCAUGUCCGAGUCGAGCAGUACAUCCGAUGCCUUUCCGGGACAACAAUUCAUGUCGAGUAGCAAAAGGCACCGCAGCGCCAAGAAGAAACGCGACAAGCGCAGCCAAAAGGCCACGAGAACUCGCAGCAUGGAUUCUGUGGGUAGCAUGGAUGCAAGUAGCAGGAGUACCACUAGCAGCGGUGGAAGCAGUCGAGAGAAUUCGCAUUCUCCCGUUCGCACUCCCAGUCGAGAUGCGCUGCGUCGCAGUCAGAUUUUGGGAGAGGAUGUUGGAGCUGCUCAAGUUGCAGUAGAAACAACACCUGCCAGUUUGUUGCCCCCAAUGAUGGACAAGUACGUAUCGGAAAGUGAGGACGAUGAUCCGUUUGCCGCCGCCACGGCCAAGUAUGUGCGAACGCCCGCCAAAGUGGAGGAUCCAUGGGCCACGGAUGAGGAGACCGCCAACAACAACAACGUUAAUACUCCGGAUUCCAAAGCUUCUGAUUCCAGCAGUCGACCCUUUGCCUUGUCACCCGAGAAAUUUGAAGAUGAGCUCGAAGAAAUUGAAAUGCGAGUCGAUGUCAAGUACAACUUUAAUACCAUGGAGGAACUGGAAAAGAGACAAAAGAGUCAAAAAUGGCGUCGCUUUCUAUUUUGUCUCCUCUGUACCCUCAAGGUAGCCCUUGUGGGCUUUAUCGUCUAUCACGUGGUCAUCAAUCAUCGCUCCAUUUCCGAGUUGCCCCAGGUCUUUAAUGAAACAUUCACCAACAUCACUUCUUCUUCGGUCGUCAAACGGAGCUCCCGUGGCGGUGGUUCCAACACGAACUCGAACUCGAAACUACCCAAGCCCCAUCGGCAGAGCUCGAAACUACCCAAGCCCCAUCGGCAGCGCCAACGAAUCAAUACGGUCAUCACGGACAUCAUCAUCCUGGUCACCAUACCACCACCACCCACGAAAGCGCUGGGGUCGGAACCCCCGAACUUGAACAUAUCUUUCCUCCGGCCCCAGAAAAUCUGCCCUAUCUCUGUUCCGGUGAAAUCGAUUUCAUGGCGUGACCGAAGUUGUAACGAGGCAGCCUGUUGCUGGAGUGCCGAACAGGAAGCAACUUGUGCCGACGACAACAAGGACGACUGUCAUCCCUACAUUCAAGCCUGUUCCAUUCUCAAUCUUCCCAACGAUAUCAUUUUGGAGACCAGUAACAACAGCGGGAAUAAUAACGGGGCACGGCAACAACAAUCUUCCGAGGUCUUUGUCCCCGCACCCAUGGCGGAUUUGGAACAAUUGUGCGCGCUUGAUGUGGUCGUGGAUGUGACUACCGACAAGGUCAUUCCAGAAGCCAUGGCAUGGUGCCGAGAUGCCUGCUUGCCAGCCGAAUGUUGUUGGAAUGACGUUGAUCUGGUGGGCGGUGAACUUUGUACGGACAAUCCGGAAUGUGCGGCGUAUGCGGAUCCAUGUUCGUUGAUUGUGAAUCUGAAAGAGUAG